AUGUACUUAUCUUGUGAGGAUACCAAAACACGAAACAGUAAAUGUUUUAAAGUUAAAAUGCGAAUAAUGGUAUUAUUGUUCAUUUUUUGGAUAACAUGCAAUGAAGAUAUCGUUGUACUUAUUCUAGCCAGAGGUGGUUCCAAAGGAAUACCGUUGAAGAAUCUGCAGACAGUAGGUGGUUUAAGUUUGGUUGCUCGAUCCAUUUUAACUGCAAAAAAAGCUGGAUUACUGAAUAUUACUGUUUCCACGGAUCAUCCACUAAUAGCGUUAGAAGCUCUGAAAUAUGGUGCAUCUGUAUUUCGUCGCAGUUCUAUAACAGCUUCUCAUUUUGCGCCUUCUAUUUGGGGUGUAGAAGAAUUUGCUCAUUCUAUGCCACUCGCUAAAAUUAUAGUUUUAUUACAAGCUACUUCGCCAUUUCUUCAAUACUCAGACAUACGUGAGGCCUUAAGGAAACUUCAGCAUCCGAGACCUUACGAUUGUGUGUUUUCAGUUAUAAGGAGUUAUAAACUUCGUUGGAAAUUCAUGAAUGGGAGCCUAAUUCCAAUAAAUUUUAAUUACGACAGCAGACCUCGCAGACAAGAUUGGAAUGGUGAAUUAAUAGAAACUGGAGCCUUUUAUAUAUCACGAGUGGAAAUAAUAAAACAAGGAUUGUUGCAAAAUAAAAAUUGUACUGUUUUAGAAGUAAGUACAGAAGAAAGCUUAGAAGUGGAUUCGUACUACGAUUUACAACUUGCUAAUGCAUUACUAACUAUUCUAACUUAG